UUUAAAUGGAACCAUAGCUGAAGCUAAAACAGCCUACAGAAAUUCCCCUCGGCACUGUUUACGUAGGCAACCUUACGUGUUCCCUUCUGAGGCACUAACACAGCAUAAAAUACAGAUAGGGAGCAGCCAGCUGAGUCAAAGUACAAAACCCAACUCUUUACUGAAUAUGUUCAGUUGCAAUAAAUUUGAGUCAGCAGCAGCGACAGCUCUGCAGUCCUCCAGAUCAGGUGGUUGCAGAGCCCCAGCUAGCAGCAAUACGAUGCAGCUGAAGAGGCAAGCACAAUCCACAGACAGCAACUGGAGCUACUCUCCAGAACAAGACGACCUCUAAGCCGAAACCUUCCACAGCAAGGAUGUGCUGAUGCUGCCGGGAGAUGACGGCAACAAUGGAAUACCAGAUAUUGAAUACAUCUACCUGUCUGCUGGUCCUUCUGUUUUGCAUACCCACUGCUUUGGGUAUCUGUCCUUCUAACUGUACAUGCUCAGGAAACGACAGGAAUGUGGACUGUUCAGGCAGAAACUUAACUGUACUGCCCCAUGCACUGCAAGACAACAUUACAUACUUAAAUCUGUCCUUUAACCAGUUUGUAGAUCUUGAUCAUCAGCUCACAAGAUUCACCAAUUUGAGGACCCUUGAUAUUUCAAAUAAUUGGCUCAAGAACGUUCCUGCUCAUCUGCCCAAGUCCUUGUGGGAAUUAUAUGCCAUAAACAACAACAUCAAAGUCCUACAGAAGCUCGAUACAGCUUACCAGUGGAAUCUCAAAGUGCUCGAUGUUUCCAGGAAUAUGGUGGAAAGAGCUGUUCUGAUCAACAACACGCUCAGCAGCCUCAAGUUUCUCAAUCUCAGCAGCAACAAGCUUUGGACAGUUCCCACCAAUAUGCCCUACAACAUAGAGACAGUGGAUCUAUCCAACAACUUUUUGUCUCAGAUACUUCCAGGAACACUGGUGAGACUACAUCACCUUACGAGCCUCUACCUGCACAACAACAAGUUCACAUACAUUCCUGACAAAGCUUUUGAUCAGCUCUUUCAGCUGCAAGUGGUCACACUACACAACAACCCGUGGUCCUGCAGCGACAAACAGCACAUCCAGUACCUGCUGAACUGGGUGCAGGGCACUGCUGCCACUGUCACAGGGGCUCCCUGUGCUAACCAGUCUGAGCUCUGGAUCAACGCCACACCAACUGCAGCUAUGGACUCUGGCCUCAUGAUCAAGGGAAUGAAGGCGGCUGACAAAGCCACUGAACCGAGCAAAGUGACCAAAAUGCAUAAACAAUUUAAGGGUAAGGAAGGGGCUCCCCUGGGGACCUCAGGCCAAACCGUCCUGUUCACGAGCACGGACCGACCGCUGCUUCUCUACCCAGAAGACCUGACAACUCCAAAGGUGAGUUCUCAAGAAGCAGCAGCCACACACACCAUCCACAUCAAAGAUUCAACUGAGGCGAGCUCAAGCCUGACUCAUUCAACAGGACCAUCCACCACCCCUAUGACUUUAAGCAUCACCAGUGGAAUCCCAACCAACUACUCCAGAAGGCCUCAGAGCACAACUGCUACCUUGAGGAAAGAGGAAUCCACGACAAACACUUUGAAUACUCGUGUGCCCUCCACAGCAAGUGUCUGUGACGUGUAUUUGGUUUAUGUUGUAAUGCUUAACGCAGUGGCAACGUUUCUUGUCCAAGGGCUUGUAGCAUGUGAAAGUUCCUGA